UUCCGAUGUUAGCUGCGUUGAGGUCCCUUGGACAGCCCUGGGCAACUCAUGCGACCGGCCUAGCAUUGAGAGCUUCUGCAGCUUCGUCGAGGCCUCCCGUACAAUCUCGAAUUCUCCCCCAACUCCGCUCUUUCCAUGCUACACCAGCAGCUCACCGAACUCUGAAUCAGUCGUGCCGGAACAAGCAUCAGCGACGAAGCCAAAAGUCGGCGUCUCCUCUGCUAGAGAACUCUCCCCAGCGGAAGGGUGUUUGCUCCGAAGUGUUUGUCGCCAAACCUAAAAAACCCAACUCCGGCAAGCGGAAAGUCGCCCGUGUGAAGCUGUCGACCGGAAAAUCGUGCAUGGCGUACAUCAUGGGAGAAGGGCACAACCUGCAGGAGCAUAGUGUCGUUUUAGUGAGAGGAGGUCGUGCGCAGGAUUUGCCUGGUGUGCAAUACAAAAUCGUGCGUGGAACCUUGGACCUGGGUGGUGUUGUCAACCGUAUGCGUGCUCGCAGUCGAUACGGUGUCAAGAAACCGAAGAAGUAGCUGUUUUAUGCAAGACUAUAGAUACAUAUUGGCUGUAGUUGGAUACAUUAGAUCUGAUUGCAUUGGAAAGUCCUGUUGG